CGUGAAUCUCGUAAUGAGUGGAUUGCUUUUUCAGUGAAAGAAGUAGUCGAACUGAAAAUGGUGCAACAGCUGUGAUUAUGUGAUACUUAACUAAAUAAUGAAACAAGAACUCUACAUGCAAUGGGCGAAACGAAAUUGUUGAAAACUAUUCUUCUAAGUAUACUAUUCCAAGCAUCCACCGGAAGGCCGUUCUCAUUUCCGGAUGGAACUCGAGCAAACGGAGAUCGUAGCGGUGAAUCGCGAUCACCGGAAGGUCGCAGCAUUCAAGGUGGGUCCAGCCAAAACAAAAAUCUGGACAUCUACAGUCGAUACAGCGUUUACGAACAUGAAGAUGAAGAAGACUACCACCGUAGAACAUCGACCACUCCUCGUCCUUAUGUCACUUUCAGUACAACCCGACAAGCAUUCAACCAGGCACCGAAUGCUCACUUCAAUCGACUUCCACCGGCGAAAAACGACGAACCGAUAGAAGCAGAACCCGAAGACGACUACGACGAUGGAGAUGCGGUGGAUGGAGUCGACCCUCCACCGACAAAUGCUGAAGCAGACUACAGCAGUGGCAGCACCGGAUACGGUAGUAAACCAGUCACAUUCAACAAUUUGUUGUACAACUUCAAUGACAACAACAAAUUUGGCGGAUUCGGAAAUCUGUUCGGCGAGAAUCGCCGCAAGUACAAACACAAAUUUAAACGACGGAAGCCCGGGCAGCCGUGCAUUCCCUAUGAUCUCUACAAUCGACUCCGAACGGGUCGCGAUUCCAACGGAAAUAAGAUUGACCCAAAAACGUUGAUCCCACCGUUGAACUUGGUGCUGGCCGAUGUGAACUACUACUCUCCGUCGAAUAACUACAAUGGGCAUGGAGGUGCUCACGAUACGAGUCACGCGGAUACUGGAGGGGCCGUGUUCAACAACCAUUUCUACGAUGCCGUAGGAGGGUACCCGUGCACAGGAGGUUACAAUCCACAUCACAGACCACACCACAAACCACACGGAGGUCCGCUGGGAUUCUUCGGACAGGGUGGACUGUUCGAUUGGAGGCCGUCAGCCGAUUCUGUUCAAAGCGAUACCGGCGAAGGCGGAGUCGGAAAUAAGCCGGCAGUGGUGUUCAACCUGAAUGAUGCCAUCGAUACAGUGGCAACUAACUGGAGACCAGGUGAAAGUUUUCAAAUGAUGAUGAAGGUUAUAGCAGAUUUCAUUGCAACCGUUUCCGGGGCUCCUGGAGAAGUCGUGGGAGACGCAGUGGAUACAAUUCGGAAAGUUAACAAAGAGUAUGCCAGUUUGCUUGGAUAGAAUACUCUACUGUGUAAAUAAAAAAAAU